AUGCCCGAUAGCAAGCCUACCCUGCGCAAGGACCGCGUCCGCCUCAUAUACCUCCUCAAGCGACGGAAGGGCAUGACGCACGAGGAGUUCUCGGACUACUGGCUGAACGUCCAUUCGAAGAUCUUCACCGGCUCGCGCGUCGCGCAUCAGUAUACGGUGCGAUAUGAUCAGAUGCACCUCUCGCCCUCGGCCAUGAAGGCUUGGAGCGAGAAGUAUGGCUUCCCGGCCGCGACUUACGACGGUGUCGUUCUGCUUGAGGCAGACUCGUUUGAGGACUUGCAACAGGUCUUUGACUCGCCUGAAUACAAGGCGCUUAUGCAACCCGACGAGCACAACUUCAUCGACCACGAAGGCAGCCAAAUCAUGCUCAUGAAUUACUGGGUCGGAUUCGACCAUACAAAGGCAAAGCUAUAG